AUGUCGGAGAAGGUGCAGUCGUUGGCAGCUAGCAUCUACAAGGAGUUCGAACGAAUGAUCAAAAAAUAUGACGAGGACGUCGUGAAGGAGCUGAUGCCAUUAGUGGUCGGUAUCCUGGAAAACUUAGACCUAGCCUUCUCGGAGAAGCAACAGAUAGAGGUCGAAAUCGAACUGUUGCGAGAUGACAAUGAACAGCUAUUGACUCAGUACGAGAGGGAAAAACAGCUUAGAAAAGGCGCAGAACAGAAAUUCUUUGAAGUUGAAGAUGCCAUUGAAGGAGAGAAGAAAGAACUUCAAGAUAAAGUUGAAAGUUUAGAAUCCAUUGUCAGAAUGUUAGAAUUAAAAGCAAAGAACUCAGCAGAUCAUGUAUCACGCUUGGAAGAUAAAGAAACAGAAAAUAAAAAAGAAUAUAAUAAAUUGCAUGACAGAUAUACUGAGCUCUUCCGCACUCACAUGGAUUAUAUGGAACGAGCAAAAAUAGUAAUGGGUACUGAUCGUCUUGCUGAUCUUGCAAAUAGCCCUCGUGUAAAAAGUGGAUUCCAGUUACCAAAUUUGAGGCCUGUCAAUGUUAGUAUCUAUGGCGGAGCAGGGGACACUCCAGUAAAGGGGGAAAACAGUCCAGUUGGUUUCGAUGUAUUAUCACCAGCCAGAGCACAAUCCUCUAAUACCAGUCUCAAAAGUGAACUCAGCGAUGCUGAAUCCCCAGAGAAAAUGUCAACUCGUAAAAGUGCAAGUAAGAGUAUUGAGGUGGAAUGCAAAACACAAACUACAGAAAAGAGCCAGGUGACAGAUGCUAUUGAUGUCCGGGAAUCAGGAACUGCUACAACAUUAGAUCGGUCAGCAUCUGAUAUAGUUCCAAACACACCGGAGUUAGAUGAGCCAGAGGAAACUAUCAACAAUCAAACCAAUGAAACAAAUAAGAAAAACAUAAAAAGAAAUAAUGAAUCCAUAUUUAGUGAGUUUGCAAUGCAGGAUUCAGAUCUCAUUGGUGAUGUUGACUUUGGUGCUGAUAUAACUGGUAGUGCAGUAAACCCUGGAGAAUAUGCUUCGUCAGAGAGUGAUAUUGAUAAGGAAAAUGACAGAGAGUCUACUGUGAGUGACAACUUUUUCGGUAUGGGUAAGGAACUUGAAAACCUAAUCUUGGAAAACACUGAAUUAUUGGCAACUAAAAAUGCACUGAAUGUUGUAAAAGAUGACCUUAUUGCAAAGGUUGAUGAACUUACCAGUGAAUUAGAAAUCAAUCGUGAAGAAGUAACUUCUCUCCAAACUGUGAAAUCUCGUCAAAUGCAGCGCAUCUCGGAACUAGAAGAAAAUUUAAAGAAAGUUAAGGAAGAACUGGAAAAGAAAUCACAAAUUGCUCAAGCUGAUGAGGAAGAUGAUAUCCCCAUGGCUCAGAGAAAACGGUUCACGAGAGUAGAAAUGGCAAGAGUUCUAAUGGAACGCAAUCAAUAUAAAGAACGCCUCAUGGAAUUACAAGAAGCUGUUAGGUGGACAGAAAUGAUAAGAGCCUCAAGAGAACACCCAGAUUUAGCUCCUACAAAGAAAAAAUCUUCAAUCUGGAAUUUUUUUAGCAAUUUGUUCAACUCCUCAAAUAAGCCUAGCAAAAAACCUGUUGCCACCGUACGAUACAACGCUCCAACCACUCAUGUUCAGCCAGUCGGAGACCCUAAUAAAAAACAACGCAGCAAGUACAACUUAGGUGAAAAAGCUAAAGCAUAUGAAUUUUUGCAAGAUGAAGGUAUUUCUGAGAAAACAAAGAAGGAGAAGGAAAGAGAAAGAUGGGAACAAUAUAAACAAGUAAGAGUUCAUGUCAAAAAAGAUGAUGGAAGAAUGCAGGCAUAUGGCUGGAGCCUCCCUGCAAAAUUUCAACCUACUAUUCCACGGGAACUUCCCAACAAAAGCCAUGUGCCAGUUCCAGUACCAGUGUACUGUAGACCUUUGUUAGAAAAAGAGCCUGGAUUAAAAAUUUGGUGUGCAGCUGGUGUAAAUCUGACCGGUGGUAGAACAAAGGAUGGGGGAUCUAUUGUUGGGGCCAGUGUCUUCUACUCAAAUCCCCCAUCAGAAGAAUUAGAAAAAAGAAAAGAAACAAAGGAUGAAAUUGAGAAAUUAAAUGAAGAAUUAAAAGAGCAUGAAAAGAAUUUAAAACAGACAGAAAAAGAACAAUUGUCAUCUUUAGUAUGGAUUUGUACAAGUACCCAGUCAUCCAGUAGAGUCACAGUCAUUGAUGCCAAUAAUCCUGGAGAUGUUUUAGAAGCAUUUAGAGUAACAUCAUCUCACAUACUUUGUAUAGCCAGUGUUCCAGGUGCCAUGGAAUCUGACUACCCUGUGGAAGAGGAAAUUUUGAAGGCAGAUUCUUCUUCCCCUCAAAGAAAGCCACCAUCAUCUCCAGGUGGGUCUGGUAGCAAUAACUCAGACAGUGGAAUAGGUGGUAUAACAUUUGUACAAUGUGCAACUGGUACUGCUAGUCGAACAACCAGUAAAAGUUCAUCACCUGCUGAUUCACCAGCGCUGAGAGUAAUUACACUUCUGUCUUCAUUUAAUUUGAUAAAAUUUAUGCUGUUCUCUCAGUGUGGGCUCUCUCGGUCUGGGCUCUGUCGCUUGCCGCUCUCUCGGUCUGGGCUCUGUCGCUUGCCGCUCUCUCGGUCUGGGCUCUGUCGCUUGCCGCUCUCUCGGUCUGGGCUCUCUCAGUCUGGGCUCUGUGUCGCUCUCUCGGUCUGGGCUCUGUCGCUGUCUCUCGGUCUGGGCUCGCUGUCGCUUCUCUCUGUCUGGGCUCUGCCGCUCUCUCGGUCUGGGCUCUGUCGGCUCUCGUCUAGGGCUCUGUCGCUGUCGCUCUCUCGGUCUGGGCUCUGUCGCUGUCGCUCUCUCGGUCGGGGCUCUGUGUCGCCUCUCGGUCUGGGCUCUGUCGCUGUCGCCUUCUCGUCUGGGCUCUGUCGCUGUCAGCUCUCUCGUCUGGGCUCUGUCGCUGUCGCUCUCGGUCUGGGCUCUGUCGCCGCUCUCUCGGUCUGGGCUCUGUCGCUUCGCUCUCGGUCGGGCUCUGUCGCUGCCGCCUCUCGUCUGGGCUCUGUCGCUUGCCGCUCUCUCGGUCUGGGUCUGUCGCUGUCGCUCUCUCGGUCUGGGCUCUGUCGCUUGCCGCUCUCUCGGUCUGGGCUCUGUCGCUUGCCGCGCUUCUGCUUUCAUUUAUAA